UAAGAGACCGGUCGUUCUCAGUAAGCGCUCAGUUAGGCCAAGAUCGUUCGAAGGAGUUCCAUCGCCAACUCCGUUCAAACGGCAUCUCCGUUCAACGCAUCAGCAAGUCCCUACUAAGCCGCUUUUGCACGAGUCUUCGUCUCAUUAUUCUUCAAAAUGCGUGAAUGCAUAUCCGUCCACGUGGGGCAGGCUGGAGUACAAAUCGGAAAUGCCUGCUGGGAGUUGUACUGCUUGGAGCACGGUAUCCAACCCGAUGGGCAGAUGCCGUCAGACAAGAUACUCGGGGGCGGCGACGAUAGUUUCAACACCUUCUUCAGCGAAACCGGCGCCGGGAAGCACGUGCCCAGAGCGGUCUUCGUUGAUCUCGAACCGACCGUCGUGGAUGAGGUGCGCACGGGGACGUAUCGGCAACUCUUCCAUCCGGAGCAGCUGAUAACUGGCAAGGAGGACGCCGCCAACAAUUAUGCGCGCGGCCACUAUACGAUCGGCAAGGAGAUAGUGGACCUCGUCCUGGAUCGCAUUCGCAAGCUGGCAGAUCAAUGCACCGGUCUCCAGGGCUUCUUGAUAUUCCAUUCGUUCGGCGGUGGCACCGGUUCCGGCUUCACGUCCCUGUUGAUGGAAAGAUUGUCAGUAGAUUAUGGAAAAAAGUCAAAACUCGAAUUCGCGAUUUAUCCGGCCCCCCAGGUCUCUACGGCCGUCGUCGAGCCGUACAACUCUAUCCUCACGACGCACACCACCCUCGAGCACUCCGACUGCGCGUUCAUGGUGGACAACGAGGCCAUAUAUGACAUCUGCAGACGUAAUUUGGACAUCGAACGGCCGACUUACACCAAUCUGAACCGUUUGAUCGGGCAGAUCGUGUCCUCCAUUACAGCCUCGCUGCGCUUCGACGGCGCGCUCAAUGUCGAUCUGACGGAAUUCCAAACAAAUCUGGUGCCCUAUCCCAGGAUUCACUUCCCCCUGGUCACUUACGCUCCCGUCAUAUCCGCGGAAAAGGCCUAUCACGAGCAACUCUCUGUCGCCGAGAUAACGAACGCCUGCUUCGAGCCUGCGAAUCAAAUGGUCAAAUGUGACCCUCGUCACGGAAAGUACAUGGCGUGCUGCAUGCUCUAUAGAGGCGAUGUAGUGCCGAAGGACGUUAAUGCGGCAAUCGCGACUAUUAAGACCAAGCGCAGCAUCCAAUUCGUCGAUUGGUGCCCCACGGGCUUCAAGGUCGGCAUCAAUUAUCAGCCGCCUACCGUUGUUCCCGGCGGUGAUCUCGCCAAGGUGCAGCGUGCCGUCUGCAUGUUAUCCAAUACGACGGCGAUCGCCGAGGCUUGGGCGCGGCUCGAUCACAAAUUCGAUCUGAUGUACGCGAAAAGAGCCUUUGUACAUUGGUACGUCGGCGAGGGAAUGGAGGAGGGUGAGUUUUCGGAGGCGCGAGAAGAUCUCGCCGCUCUGGAGAAGGAUUACGAGGAAGUCGGUAUGGACUCCACCGACGGUGAGGGAGACGGCGCUGAGGAAUACUAAAGAUUGACGAGCAAGAUUCCUACUUCUGUCUCUUCGUAUUUCGUAUAUUUUGUAUUACGACGCUUGCUAUUUUUCGUUUACGACGAAUUUUCUCUUUUUUUAUUUUCUAACAAAUGACUUACUGCGAUGCUAAUUUUACCCAUUGCUUCCCCAUAUUCUCGUGAUACAUAGAAUCUUUGACGAGAGAGGCGUACUUGCUUCCUUACAACAGCCUGUCACUUGGUAUUGCUCAAAGAAAUAAAAAGAAAAUAUUAUGAGAAAUAUAAGCACAUCUAAAAAUA